UUCUUUUGUUGUUGUCGGCCAACAUGAAAAAGACCACAAAGCUGGGCAAACUAUUAUCAUCAUUAUGACGGAAUCGGAGCCAGUUAGCUUGGAGUUCAUUGAAGACUCCUAUUUGCCGCGCAUCGAUGAUAUCACCUUGACCCCAUCACUAGAUCAGGACGACACCAGUGAUUCGCUCCUGGAUGAUCAAUCCAAUUAUGAUUUAAAUGAAACCGAAUUGUAUUUGCGGAACUUGACACUCGAUGACAUCUUUUACGAUGUGGACUCAGAUUAUGCCAACACAUUGGAACUGCAGGCAGUGGAAACUGAGUUUUUGGCCCUUAAACUAAAUCCACAGACCACACCGUCCACAUCACUGGCGAAACGUUUCCGCCUGAAAUUCUUUGCCAAACGUUCGAUGCGCGAUGUUAAGGUCACGUUUAUAGAUUUCUCGAAGCCAUAUCUGGCGAAAAUAUCAAACAAAGAUAACUAUAGAAAAUUUCUACAUAUUGGUGACCUGGGAAAAGAUAAUACUGCAAAUCUGACGGAGCCCUCAUCUCCAGCUGCUUCUGUGGCUUCUGCAGAAAUUGCUGCCGAGUUUGCGGCCUUGACCGUCGAGGAAAAAGAACAGAGAAGGGCCGAAUGGAGUCAGGAACUGGCACGUGUGGAGGAGGAAAUCAAUACACUGCGCACUGUCUUGGCCUCCAAGACGCGUCAUGCCUCUGAUCUCAAGCGCAAACUAGGCAUAACUGUUUGGAAGGAACUAACCGACGACGUUAAUCAGGGCGUAAAGAACAUUAAAGAGAGCACUGUUUACCAAUCGGUGGAGCAGAGUAUGGGCACUUUUUCGAAAGCUGUACACGAAGCACCCUUAUUCCAACGCACUGAAUCGGUGCUCAAGUCAACGGGAGAGAAAACCGCUUCAGUCUUUGGCAGCAUUACCAGCGGCAUUAGCUCGAAACUUUCACAAAUGAAAAACUCUGAUUCGAUGCGUUCUAUUGAAGCUUCUGUUGGCUCUGCCUAUGAGAACGUUAAAGUAAGCUAUGAACACAACAAUUUUAUGUGCCAAUCUCAUGCGACCAAGGUGACAUCACGGUCGGGUUCGGUUUCCAGUUUCCCAGACGCUCUAGAUGAGAACCAAUCAUCGUCGGGACUAAAUUCACCCACAGACUCUCUGACAAAAUAAAAACCAAGCCACAACAUAAAACUAUUUUCAAUAUGGAAUAUAAAUACGCGUCUAAUAAUCAAUGAACUACACAUACACAUUCACGUACACAUGAACACAAACCCACACACUCUGAGAAACACGGAGACACACUAAUAAAUUAUUUAACUAACACCACAAUCAGAAUUUAUUUAUACAUAAAGAUAUAUGUGUGUGUUAUUAUAUAUGUAAUAAUUAUGGAUUAACGCGUGUUUUUUUUUUGUUUUUGGAAAGAGAAAUUACUUACUGCAUUCUGUUACUAUUGAUAGAAUUCUAAGUGUAAUCACAAUUAAUGUUAAUCAUAUUCAUUCCUAGCUCUUUUAUAACUUGAAAUGAAGAUCAUUGUGUAAUUGUGUAUAAAAUA